UAACAUGAACCUCACCCAUUGUUCAGCAACAUCAAUAUCGCUGUGAUCGUCGACAUCAAACAUUUCGCCUCGGACAUUACCACACGAAAAGAGCCGACAUAGUCUCUUGGACGACGGAACAAUAUUUGCAUCCGGAAAAAGCCUACCUUACAACCUUACAGAGUCGCAAAUACCCUCGAAAUACACAUACCCAAACACACAGACAACAAAAAUGGCAGCCCUGAGAUCCCUCACCAUCCGCCGUCUCGCCCUCGCGCGACCAGUCCCCAGAGCGGCUACUUCUCCCGUGUCGCGGCAGGUGAGGUGGAGCACGAGCAAGCCCGGCGGCGACGGCGACGGCGACCUCGGCGGCCCUGGCGGCCAGGAGCCCGUGCCGUCCAGCAGCGGUCCGUCCCAGAGCUGGCCGACGUUGGCGGCGAUUGCGGCGGCGGGGCUGGCCGUGGGCGGAUAUCUCGUCCACCUGACGGGCAAGUCCAAGGGCCAGGGGAAGGUGAUGGAGAAAGGCGAGUUUGAUAGGCUAGCUGAGAAGGUCACGCCGAGGAAGUGAGUUCACGACGUGCAGGUUUGGAAGUUCACUCUGAACGUCUGGAACAGUUGAAGUCGGUAGAGGAGCCGGCGUGAGAACCGACAAGACGUAUGGUUACACCAUCAACUCAGUUUCACAAAUCAAAUUAUGUUAUUAAUGUG